AUGUCUGACAUCAGAACCUCCGAGCUCAAAGACCCCGUUGACGUCGCCGAGUACCUCUUCCGCCGCCUCAAGGAAGUAGGCGUUCAAUCGGUCCACGGCUUGCCUGGCGACUACAACCUCGUCGCGCUCGACUACAUACCCAAGGUCGGCCUCAACUGGGUGGGCAACGUGAAUGAGCUCAACGCAGGAUACGCAGCAGACGGCUAUGCCAGAGUCAAAGGCAUCUCCGCCAUUGUCACCACCUUCGGCGUGGGCGAACUCUCCGCCGUGAACGCCCUCGCCGGCGCAUACUCCGAGUACGUCCCCGUCGUGCACAUCGUGGGAUGUCCAUCCACCAUCUCGCAGCGCAGCGGCAUGCUCCUGCACCACACGUUGGGCAAUGGCGACUUCCACGUCUUCAGCAACAUGAGCCGGCAAAUCUCGUGUGCCACAUCGCUUCUGAACGAUCCGCAUGAAGCCGCUACGCUGAUCGACCACGCCAUCCAGGAAUGCUACAUCCAGAGCCGACCGGUCUACAUCUCGCUGCCGUCGGACAUGGUGCAGAAGAAGGUCGAGGGCGAGCGGCUAAAGACGCCGCUAGAUCUGGAAUUCCCGCCCAACGAGCCAGAGAAAGAGGACUACGUAGUCGACGUCGUCCUCCGCGCCCUCCACGCCGCCAAGAACCCCAUCAUCCUCGUCGACGCCUGCGCCAUCCGCCAUCGAGCUCUCGAGGAGACCCACGAACUGAUAUCCAAGUCCGGCAUCCCCACCUUCGUCGCGCCGAUGGGCAAAGGCGCCGUCAACGAAACCCUCCCCAACUACGGCGGCGUCUACGCAGGCGACGGCUCCAACGCCGGCGUGCGUGAGCGCGUCGAGUCCUCGGACCUCGUCCUCAGCAUCGGCGCCAUAAAGUCCGACUUCAACACCGCCGGCUUCACCUACCGCGUCUCCCAGCUCCGCACCAUUGACUUCCACAGCAACUACAUCCGGGUGCGGUACUCCGAGUACCCUGGCGUGCGCAUGAACGGGGUUCUGCGCAAGGUAACCCAGAAGAUGGGCAAGCUGAACAUCGAAGCCGGACCCGUCCCUAGCAACACGAUCCCGCAAGCCGAGCGCAACUCCAAGGACCCGACGAUCACGCAGGCCUGGUUCUGGCCGCGCCUGGGGCAAUGGCUGCAGGCUUCCGACGUCGUCAUCACGGAGACGGGCACAGCAAACUUCGGCAUAUGGGAGACGCGCUUCCCCAAGGACGUCACGGCCAUCAGCCAGGUGCUAUGGGGCAGCAUCGGCUACGCGACCGGCGCAUGCCAGGGCGCCGCGCUCGCGGCCAAAGAACUCGGGCUGCGGCGCACGAUCCUGUUUACCGGCGACGGCAGUUUCCAGCUCACGGCGCAGGAAGUCAGCACGAUGCUGCGCAACAAGCUGAACCCGAUUAUCUUCGUAAUCUGCAACGAGGGGUAUACGAUCGAGCGCUACAUCCACGGCUGGGACGCGCCGUACAAUGAUGUGCAGACGUGGCGGUAUAAGGAUCUGCCGGCUGCGUUUGGGGCCAAGGAGGGUGAGGCGAAAACGUACCAGGUCAAGACGAAGGAGGAGGUCGAGAGGUUGUUCGAGGAUAAGGAGUUUGCGGACAGUGAUGCCUUGAGGUUUGUCGAGAUUUAUAUGCCCAAGGAGGACGCGCCGGUUGCGCUGAAGAUGACAGCGGAGGCGAGUGCGAAGAAUAAUGCAAGAUUGGAGUAG